AGGAGAAUGUGAGAUGGGGCUGGGAGUCCAAGUGAGAGAUAUAGAGAAGGAAGGGAAGUGAGCAGGCACAGACGCUGGCAGCCAUCAGAGGUUCAUGCCUUUUUGACAGCAGGAGGCUAGAAGAAAGGAUAAGAGUGGCUCUGGCUGUGAUGGGGCUCUUAUUGGGCCUCCUGCUUCUGGACUACCUAACAGUGGUCACCUAUGGCCACCCUAUCCUGGAAGCACCUGAGAGUGUGACAGGACCUUGGAAAGGGGAUGUGAAUAUUCCCUGCACCUAUGGUCCUUUGCAAGGCUACACUCAAGUCUUGGUAAAGUGGCUGGUACAUCGUGGCUUGGAUCCAGUCACCAUCUUCCUACAUGAUUCCUCUGGAGACCAUAUCCAGCAAGCAAAAUACCGGGGCCGCCUGCAAGUGAACCACAAGAUUCCAGGAGAUGUAUCCCUCCAGCUGAAUACCCUGGAGAUGGAUGACCGGAGCCACUACACAUGUGAAGUCACUUGGCAGACCCCUAAUGGCAACCAAGUGGUGAGAGAUAAGAUCAUUGAGCUCCGUGUCCAGAAAUUCUCUGUUUCCAAGCCCACAGUGACGACUGGCAGUGGCUAUGGCUUCACAGUGCCCAAGGGAAUGAGGAUUAGCCUUCAAUGCCAGGCUUGGGGCUCUCCUCCCAUCAAUUAUGCUUGGUACAAGGAACAGACCAACAAUCAAGACCCCAUCAAAGUAGCAGUCUUGAGUACCUUACUCUUCAAGACUGCCAUGGUGGCUGACUCAGGCUCCUAUUUCUGUACUGCCAAGGCCCGGGUAGGCUCUGAGCAGCGCAGCAACACUGUGAAGUUUGUGGUCGAAGACACCUCAAAGUCAAUCAAGACUAAGACUGAAACACCUACAACCAUGAAAUAUCCCUUGGAAGCAACAUCUACAAUGAACCUGAUUUGGAACUGGACCACUGAAGUGGAUGGCUAUCUUGGGAAGACCAAUGCUGAGCCAGGAAAGGACCUGUCUAUCUUCUCCAUUGUUCUCAUCAUUUCCCUGUGCUGUAUCGUGGUCUUCAUCAUGGCUUAUGUUAUGCUUUGCCGGAAGACAUCCCAACAAGAGCAUGUUUAUGAAGUGGCCAGGACACAUGCCAGAGAGGCCAGCAAUUCUGGUGAAGCUUGGAGAGUGGCAAUUUUCACAAGUGGUUGCUCCAGCAAAGAGCCAUCUUCCCAGACUCCAGGCAAUGACUACUCUGAGGAUCCCUGCCUGGGCCAGGAGAACCAGACCAUCGCCUGGAUCAACAGUGACUAUGCUCACCUGCUUCACACAGUUCCUACAGAUUAUGAGCUUUUGGCCACCAAGGACACUGGCGUCUGCUAAAAAUGUCCUGCUAAGCCAGGGCCUACUGACAUAAUUUCCUAUUCAGCCUUCUUCCCUAUUACCUCUCUUCCUGGACGACCGAACGUGUCUUCCCUGCCCAACACUGAGGUUCCUAAGAGUGACUGGUUUUGCCUAAGAAGUUACCAUAUGCACAUCAGCAAGCCUGAUGCUGGAUCAGGCCUUAGACCAUUCUAUUUUGUCUUCUUCUACUGCUUCUCUUUGAACACCAGAGGGAAGUUCUCAUAGCAUUAAGACUUGGUCAUCCUGCCUCCAGACACUGCUCAACUUUGGCCUCUUGCCACCAGAAGACCAGAGGGAAACUCAGCUUUGCCAGCUCAGAGAACCAGUUGUAUUCAGGACCAUUUCCCUUUUUUUAGGGUCAGAUAGCUUUUAAUUAAGAUUUGUAUGCAAUAGACCAGGAUUCAGUUUUGCUCCUGAACUGUGACUCUAGUGCUCUGGUGUUCUUUUGAUGCUCAAUAAAUAUCUAAUCAUGAUAGCAA